AUGUCUCAAAAGUAUGAAUCUUUAACAGAUGUUCAAAAGUAUGAGUUUUGCAAAUAUGUUGAAAAUAAUAAUAAAAAAACUAGAGCUGAAUAUAUACAAUGGAUUAAACAAAAAUGGAAAAUUAAAGUUAAAUUAGAACUUGCACUUAAGGAAUUUAUAUUAGUUUAUCAAGAUCAAACUAUUUUAAGUGAUGCGAUAAUUAUUAAAAAGGCCAAAUUACUAGUAAAAGGAUUUAAAAUUUCUGAAAAUCAGCUUAAAUUUUUUAAUGGAUGGCUUCAAAAGUUUAAAGAUCGUAAUGGAAUUCAUCAAAUAGUACUUCAUAAAGAGGCAACAUCUGCUGCUUAUGCUAAAAUUGAAGAAAUCUUACCAAUUUUGAAAAAUGUAAUCAAUACCCUUUAG